AAUCGAUAGAUCGAUAGCGACUCCCUUAUAAACCUUUCCAGCGUCAGCCAGCACCGUUCUUUUUCGUAUUUGACAAAUUUGUGUGUGUAUGUAUGUAUGUAUGUGCUUGUGUUUUGUAUACACACGCAUGUACAUACAUACAUACAUGAAUGUAUAAACCCUCCAUAUAAAUAUAUCAGUCGCCUUCUCUUUCAGUUAUUAUAAACUUUUUUGUUUCGUUUCAAAGGUCUGGUCUGGUCUUUUCAAUUAUUAUACUAAGAAUGGAUUACGCUAUGACAAAUGGUGAUGGAGAGGGUGUGGCGAUUGUGGAGAACGCACAAACCAACGCCGUUUUGGGUUUUCACGCCAAAUCUCACCGCGACAAGCUCCUUAUCGACACUGACCCCGGCAUCGAUGAUGCCAUGGCAAUUUUCAUGGCGUUUCAAUCUCCGGAGUUGGAAAUAUUGGGCUUGACAACAGUAUUUGGUAAUACUUCUACAGAAGUUGCCACUCAAAAUGCUUUGCGUCUGUGUGAGAUCGCAGGCUGUUCAGGUAUUCCAGUGGCUGAGGGCAGUGCCGGGCCUCUAAAGGGAGGAAUACCGCAUGUUGCUGACUUUAUCCACGGUUCUGAUGGGUUGGGGAACACAGAUCUACCUCUUGCAAAAGCAAAGAAAUCUGAGAAGAGUGCUUCUGAAUUUUUAGUUGAAAAGGUCUCUGAAUAUCCUGGUGAAGUAUCUAUACUUGCACUUGGACCGCUGACCAACUUAGCUUUGGCAAUCAAAAGGGACUCUUCCUUUGCGAGAAAGGUAAAGAGACUGGUCAUACUCGGGGGUGCUUUCUUUGCAUUGGGAAACGUAAAUCCUGCUGCCGAAGCAAAUAUCUAUGGAGAUCCAGAAGCAGCUGAUGUUGUGUUCACCUCUGGGGCAAAUAUUGCUGUUGUUGGAAUAAACGUUACAACCCAAGUGAUGUUUACAGAUGAUGACCUUCUUGAAUUGAGGCAAUCCAAGGGCAAGCACAGUAAAAUCAUAAGUGAUAUGUGCAAAUUUUACAGAGAUUGGCAUGUGAAAUCUGAUGGUGUCCAUGGGGUUUUCCUCCAUGACCCUGUCAGUUUUGUAGCACUAGUCCGUCCUGAUCUAUUUACUUUCAAGAAGGGAGUUGUGAGGGUUGAGACGCAGGGUAUCUGUGCAGGCCACACGCUUUUGGACCAAGGGCUAAAAAAAUGGAAUUCAAGCAACCCAUGGACAGAAUGUUCUCCUGUUUCAGUUGCAUGGACUGUUAAUGUGAAGGGAGUGCUCGAUUAUAUCAGAAAAUUGUUGAUGAAACCAUGAAACCAUGGAAUAUGCACUCCACUUCCAGCAAGCUGUUAAAGAUUGAAAAUGAAGUUUGGUGUUCCAUUUAUUUCCUUUGAGAAUCAGUGCAUUCCUUCUUCUCUCUUUCUAAUGAGAGCCCAAUUUUUUGGUGUGAAGGGCGCUUAUUGAUCUCACAUUGGUGAACUCUUGAGCUAAUAUAUUUGAAUUUGUAAAAUACUUGACUAUGGUCAAUGAAAAUGUGAACAUGGAGUAGGUAAUUCCUAGUUCAUGAUGUAUCUCUCUUCAUAUAAUAAUGAUUUUUAAUUUUCUCA